GAAAUUUCUAUUUUACCAUCAUUUAAAUGUGUGGUUAAGUUUUAUCGCCAAAUUUACUUGUGUAUUGUAAAAUUUCGAAUUUCAUUUCGUUAUGACCAGUCAGUCCCUUAAGACACUGGGCCUAUUUAAGAAGCCGGGACUUUUCGAUAAGGGAUUAGGGGCUUUGUUGCCACAAGCAUAUAAAAAGUUCUAUAAAGAAUGGAAAGAAACACAACCAACUGCUGUACAUUACAUUCCUGAGGAAGGAAUGUUCAAAAGGGAUGAUAUAACUGGAGAAGUACAUCCAAUACAAGACAACCCGAUUCCAGUUUUAUAUCCAAGGGAACAUAACCAACAUAUAUGGGGUGGUGAGGGUAUAAUUCAAGGGUUCCAAUGCAGAAGUAGGAAUAAACGAAGGGUGCCCCAUUUCUGGGUACCCAUUUUAAAAAGAAGUGUUGUUUAUUCUGAGGUUCUGAAUGAAUAUAUUUCUGUUAUUGUAACUGAUAGAACAUUGAACUUAAUUAAUGAUCAUUUUGGGUUUGACCACUAUCUUUUAAAGACACCAGCAUGUGAUUUGAAGGCUUUACUGCCAUUAGCCAUUAAAAGAAAAAUUUUACAAGCUCUAGAGCAAGGUUGUCCUGCUUAUGCAAACAGUCCUGAAAAACAAAACAAAAUUGUACAGAAGUAUCAAAAAUAUUUGUCUGCUUAUUCAUCAGAAGAAAUUAAAUGGUAUGGUUAUUCCUUCACAGAGGCUUGCAGGAUUCUUCAGGAGUCAUUAGAUCAGAAAGCUGCAGCUGAAAUAGUGCCUUUAAAACAUAUUUAUAGGGCUCAGUUAAUACAAAAAUUAAAAAAUAAUGAGUUAGAUUUGCAAUCUAGUGGUCUAGAUGAAACAAAGACUGGAUCAUGGCUUCAAAAGAUUAAUCCAUUCUCAAAGAAACAUGAAACUUAAAAUAUUUUGUAAAUUUUGUUGACAUUGUUAGUAAAAAUGUGUUCAGUUAA